AUGCCCGGGCGCAGGAGGGAGCCGCGGGGCUGCAGCCGGCCGGGCAGGUCCCCACAAGCCUUUCUGCCCGCUCGGGUCUGCGAAGCCGCCACCGGCGCCUCCUCUCCCUCUUUCAGUGGCGUGGGCCUGGCUUUCCUGUUCUCCUGGCUCCUCAUCCUCCUGGUUUUCGCCACCUUCCUGGUUGGGGGCAACAUCCAGACGUUGGUUUGCAGGAAUUGGGUCAACCAGGAGAUUUAUAAGUUCAUCGACACCCCCGGGAAUCUGCCUCCAUCCAUGAACCUCACCCGCCAGCUCAACCUCAGGAGGGAUUCCAACCUCAGUGCCGCGUACCGGGAGUGCAAAAGCGGCGCGGGGCUGUGGGAGGUGCUGCAGCUCGACAGGUCCUAUGACCUGGAUGAGCACCUAAAAACCCCCAAGUACACGGCUGAUUUCCAAAAACGCCUGGGUGACUUCACGGCACGGCUGGGCGACGUGCGGCUCCUCCGCAGCGAGGGCAGGCAGGACCUGGAGACCUUCGCCCGCAGCGGCCUGGAUGAGGUGGACUACGGGCGCUUCCAGGAGGAGAUGAAAAACCCCGUGGUGCAGACCAGCCUCCCCGGCUUGGCGAGGAGCCUCGAAGGGCUGCAGAAAAUGCAGAGGAACGGCACGGUGGCAGGGCGGCUGGCCGCUGAGGCCCAGGCCCUGUGGCAGAUACAAAACUCCACGGUACAAUCGCAGGAGGCUUUGGUGGCAAAGCUGGGGGAAAGCGUCCAGUUCCUCUCUCGCUUGGCGCCGCACCUCCAGGAGCGGGUGAAGACGACACUGGCCACCACGGCCUCAGUGGAAGCCCAGCUGCCUGUGCAAGCCCAGCAGAUCCUCCGGCAGGAGAUCGGCUGCUUCACGAGGAAGGAGCUGCGGUACUUUGCACAGUACCUGAACUGGGUCGGGCAGACGCUGAGGGAGGACGGGGCUUCGUCCCAGCCACUCGCCACGGCCCUGGACAACGGACGGGGGAUCCUCUGCGACCGCAUUGCUGACCCCUGGAACGCUUUCUGGUUCAGCCUGGGCUGUUGCACCUUCUUUCUCAUCCCCAACAUCAUUUUCGCCAUCAGGCUCACCAAACACUUCCGCCCCAUCCGCAACCGGCUCAUCUCUACGGGGUCGGAGGAGACCUGUCCUUUCCACAUCCCCCGUGUCACGGCACUCAAGCUCUAG